GCUUUUCUGCCGGGGAAACAUUUAGUGGACGGCCACUUCCGGUGUCCUUUUCCCAGGUGGGGCAACGGCGUGCUUGGGAGAAGAAGAAGAAGAAGAAGGUUUGGGGUCGCUGCGGUCGUUCAAGCCUCUGUAGCUUCUGCGAGUCUGCGAGGUUGCCAUGGCUCAGAGCCUGAAAGACUUGGCUGGGCGCCUGCCCACUGGCCCUCGGGGCAUGGGUACUGCUUUGAAGUUGUUGUUGGGUGCUGGUGCUGCAGCCUAUGGUAUCCGUGAGUCUGUCUUUACAGUGGAGGGUGGCCAAAGAGCAAUAUUCUUCAACCGCAUUGGUGGAGUUCAGCAGGACACCAUUCUUUCUGAGGGACUGCAUUUCAGAAUUCCCUGGUUCCAAUAUCCAAUAAUUUAUGAUAUUCGAGCUCGGCCCCGCAAAAUCUCCUCGCCAACAGGCUCCAAAGACUUGCAGAUGGUGAACAUCUCCUUGCGAGUUCUGUCACGCCCAAAUGCUGCUGAACUACCCACCUUGUACCAGCGCCUUGGUCUGGACUAUGAAGAGCGAGUCUUGCCUUCCAUUGUCAAUGAAGUGCUCAAAAGUGUGGUGGCAAAGUUCAACGCCUCACAACUCAUCACCCAGCGAGCUCAGGUGUCUUUGCUUAUCCGUCGGGAGCUGACAGAGCGGGCGAAAGAUUUUAGCCUCAUUCUAGAUGACGUAGCCAUCACAGAACUGAGUUUCAGCCGGGAGUACACAGCAGCGGUGGAGGCCAAGCAAGUGGCCCAGCAGGAGGCACAACGAGCUCAAUUCCUGGUGGAGAAAGCUAAGCAGGAGCAGAGGCAGAAGAUUGUUCAAGCGGAAGGAGAAGCCACAGCUGCCCAGAUGAUUGGUGAAGCCCUCAGCAAGAACCCAGGUUACAUCAAGCUGCGCAAGAUUCGUGCCGCCCAGAACAUCUCCAAGACGAUCGCUGCAUCUCAGAACCGUGUGUAUCUUACAGCCGACAACUUAGUGCUGAAUCUACAGGAUGAAGGUUUCACUAGGUAAGGGAGUUUGCGGAGAUACCUCCUAAAGCCUUUUGCUUCCUUUUGUAAUGAGUCUUAGGAGCUCCAUCCCCAAAAUACAAGUUUCUUGGAGGGAGAGGGAGAUGCACAUACACAUGCACAGCUGCAUUCCCAGAUUUGUAUAAAGACGAAUAAACUGAGUCAGGCAUGUCCUGUCCAUGGUCAGAUCCCGGAUCUGGGAACUGGUAUGCUUACUUGUUCUGGACAGAGUUGCAGUUCCCCUGAUGGAAGAGUACAUAGUCUGGGGGUGCUAGUUCCACCUUCGUGCUACAGAGGUCAACGCCCCUCUAGUGACGGGGACAAAUUUAGCUAAUUAGUUGGGCUAACAGAAGCCAGCACAAUUGGACUUUCCCCCUUCUCCUCCCCCUGUGCGCCUGCCACUCCCUCACCAGAUCUGCCCAGGAGAACUAAAACAGUAUGCAAGGGGAGGAGAGGCGAGGGAGUUCUGUCGGGCAACCAGAGAUGCUUUCGCUCCCAGAAUGAGCUCCUUAGUGCAAUGUUGAAUUCCACCUGGACUGUUCAUUGCCGGUUAUAGCCAUUCCUGGCCUUUCCACUGUUCUCCGUGCAUUGGUAACUUCAUUGCUAGAGUACAGAAAUGUGCUCCAUGUGGAGCUACUCUUUGUUUGGUCCAGGAAUUUGUCACUAGUGUACAAUGCUGCAACUCGAGUACUCAGCAUUAUGUCUGUCCACAUUCAUAAAACACUGGCACUUAAAAAUCUGCAGUGGCUGCUUAUCUGCUACCAAGCCAAGUUCAUGGUUUUAUUAUUAGCACACAAAGCCCUGAGCAACUUGGGACCAGGAAACCUGGUGGCCUGCCUCACCUAUUUGUUAGACCACAGCAACCUUUGUGAUCUUCCAUGGCCAGAAGAUGGUCAUCUAGAAACCCUAUAGAAACAGGCCUCCUCCCUUUGGGAUACACUUAGUUAGUUAGUUAGAUUAGUUAGUUAAUAAAAUUUAUACACUGCUUGGUUGUAAAAAACAAAACAUUAAAGUGGUAUACAAAAUAUAAAACAGUAAAACAGGCAUAGGCAACCUUUGGCCCUCUAGAUGUUUUGGGCCCACAACUCCCAUGAUCCCUAGCUAACAAGACCAGUGGUCAAGGAUGAUGGGAAUUGUAGUCCAAAACGUCUGGAGGGCCGGAGGUUGCCUAUGCCUGCAGUAAAACCAAGAAAAAAUUACAACCCUACUUUAAAACACUAAAAUAGAUUAAAAUUACCUUAGCUUUGGAAAGUAUAGUUUUAUGGUUAGCAGAGUGACAACUGUUUUACUGUUGCCUUGGCUGUUUUUAAUAUGAUAGAUUUUUGUAAUGGGCUUUUUUUGUAUUUCUGUAUUUUUAAUGUUUAUUUCCAGCAAUUCCUGAUACUUGAAAAUCUCUCUGAGAUUUUGCUAGAAAUGUUGUGGUACAUAAAUUACCAAAGUUAAUUUAAAAAGUUCUAACUUUCUAUGUCUCUCUCUCCCCCUGCCCCAUUUUUCAUCACCACUUUUUCGUUGCUCUUCUGGAUGCAGAGGAAGGUAAGAUAACAGUAUUUUAACUUCAGGUAGAGCUGCAACCUUUAAUUGAAUAAAAUUCCCUCCUUCCAGGGAAUUGGGGGAAGGAAAGAGAGGCUAAAUGUGAGGGUAGUUGCUUGGAAUGGAAUAAGCAGGGAAAGAGAAACCAGGAUGGGGAGUGAAUUACUUCUACUACUUAGAAAACUUCCAAGUUCCUUCCACCACCUGCUGCUGUUCCUUAUGUUUUCUGAGUGGAGCAUGUGCUGUUAUGAUUGACUAAGGCUGUUUCUUGGUGAUGAAGUCAGUCGUCCGCUGUUCCUGCUCUGCUUUACUCCAGCCUGAUUCUGGAGUAAACGUGGCCCUCACACCCACGUUGUGUGAAUGUUCCUCUUUGGUAACCCCCUUUUUUUUGUUUCUCGCAGUGACAGCCUCCUGAUCAAGACGGGGAAGAAAUGAACUAGUGGCUGCCUCCCAGAACCAUCCAAAUGACUGGCAGAGUGGGGGUUAGGCGCAGCCUUGGAAGAGCCUUGCACAUCUCUGCUGCCCAUAAGUCUUCUCUUUGGUUUGGGCCUUCUUUCCAGUUGACAUCUUCACUUCCCAACGCGCCAUUAAUAAGCCCUUCCUGGCUCAUCAUCUGGUUCCUGUUUUGGGGAAAUGCCAGCCGUGAAGGCUAUCUAUGGAAACAGACUUCAUGCUGAGGCGGGGUGGGGGUAGACUUUUUGCUCCCAUGGUCACUGAUCCCACCCCACCCAGCCUGAAGGUACUGGGUACAGGUGGGCAGCAGAGACCAGGUAAGGGGCUGAUUUUUAAGUAGAUCAAAUUGUUGCUCUCCUCUUCCUGCUGGGGCUGAAUGAGGCCUGAGUAUAUAUAAUCCCCUGUCUCUCACGUCAGUGGAGAGUUUGCUGUCCUUGCCCCCUCCCCUGCCACUGGCCCCCGUCGAGCACCUCGUCUCAGGAAUAGAUGGGGCUUCUGCAAGUGCUGUGAUCUCCAUUUAUAAGUUCUUUUGCAUCAGUGAUUCACAACUUUAUACAAAUUAAAAUCAGGUCCAAAACUCUUCUGAUACCAUUGUGAGUGAAUGUUCAUUUUGUACGGGGUGGAUUUCUUAGAAUCAAGACAGAGAAUUCAUGCAAAUGGCUGGGAAGCCGCCCAUUCAUCUCCCUGUAAGUCCUCUGGGGGAAAAAGGUUGCUAGAAUAAGCUCCCUAAAGGGCUAGAGAGGGCAGGUACAUGCUUUAGUUCUAAGUCGACUGCUGUGUUUUCUAUCUGCUCAUUUAGAACUUUGUUAGUAAUAACAUUCUCUCUUCUUCCUGCGGAAGGUCGCUUUCUUUCGUUUUUGCUGUGAUGCAAGAGCAGGUGGUGUUCUGUCAGGCCAUUACCAGCUUCAAGGGAGGGAGUUUCCUUAGGACUACUUACAUUCCCCCUCCAUGUCUGGUAUUUUCCUCAGCCGCAGUCAUAAUGGUUCAUAUGAAAACAGUUCAGAAAUAAUUGCUGUAAAAGUGAGGUGGGUUGCUGUUGCCAUUGGGGUUUCUUGUGAAAGUUAUAUAUAUAUAUACAUAUAUAAAAAACAAACAAACCACAAAUAGGGCACACAUUUUCUACCAGAGCAUUUGAGCAAUGAAAUGAGUUCUCUUAAGAAAACUGGCAUCUUUUUUUUUUUAAGGCAGUGAAAAAAGAUACAAGCUGGCGGGAAAAGUUGGUGGUGGCCAAGCUCUUUCAGCAAAGUAUGCCAAAAAUAAAUGCAAUGAUUUUGUGAUGGCAA